AUAUACCACGACCUUCACGAAUCCAAGGUCUCCAAGACUUUUGAUGCUCUGGAGGAUGUAUCCAUCGGCACUCGAGUGCUCGGGCAUGUACAAGAAAAGCGACUGCAGACUGUCAUCGCCACUUCCGAACCCUUCUUUGCGCACUUCAUCCGAGACAACAGGUAUGAGAUCACGGUAUGUCAGCCACCCGGUGUCGUCGCACGCUACUCAACCCUCCUCAGAAAUCGCACUUCGGGUAUCCGUUCUACGACCGCACACCCUCCUCCGCCAAGGAGCCAGAGCUCCGGAGCGACAUGCGCCAGCGCCUCCUCCACUUUGCCGCGCUCCGGUGCUGGUGCCCGCCCAACACCAUGUACACCGCCGUGAUCACCGCUACGCCCGAGGAGAAGGCGACGCUCAACCAGGUGCUCUAUGAUGACAUCGGCGACCACGCUGCGAUCCAGGAGCUCCGCACCGUUUUCCUCGACAGCGUGCUCGGGCUCUGGCUGCACCGCCUCGAGCUCAGUCCGACCGCGAGCGACAACAACUGGCUGCGCAAGCUCUACCCACUCAUCAACAUGUGGUACGAGCAUAUGCACGCGGGCGGCACGACCCUCCGCUCCGAGCGGAUAAUCCCCUCGCUCGAAUACGUGAGCGACCCGGUGCACUUCGAGAAGAUGUGGGAGUGGGUCGACGCGGUGAAGAACCGGUUCUUGGGCGGGAAGCUUGCUGAUCUGCCCCAUGGCCUUGGGUUCUCCGUGCCUAUCCGGGAACCUGCGCCGGAGCGACCCAGGCCCACUUCAACUGUGCCCGCGCAACAGGCGAAGACGCCUUCAGGCCCGACACCCCUUGAGUUGUUCGCUGCGGAGGAUGCACACACGCGACGCGUGUCGGGACGUGCGUACGCCGCGUCGCAGACUAAAGCUCCGGAGUCGAAGACCAGGGAACGCAAGCAGGAUCGCCGCCACCUUCACCCUGCUGCGCUGAAGCGGGAAAAGGAGGGUCGCAAACGGCAGGUGUUCGAGGUGAACAGGAAGAUGCAAAAGCUGUUCCUUCGUUUUGUCGUGCCCGAGGAGGAGGCAGAUCCCAACGUCAAGAAGGGGCAGUUGCGAUGGGGAGACUUCGAGAAGGCCAUGACGAAGAUUGGCUUCCAGCGCAAGGAGGGCGCAGGCUCUUCUGUGCGAUUUGAUCCAAACGAGGAGACAGGCGGGAACUCCAUUUCAUUCCAUCGGCCACACCCAGAUGCCGUGCUCACUCCAUCCAUCAUCCGGCGCGUCGGGUACCGGCUGCGCCGGCGCUUCGGAUGGACCGCGGCGAACUUCGUGCAAGCCAACAAGUCUGCGGAUGGUCAACAGGACGCUGCAGAGUGAUUUGCGCAUGCGCUGCCAUAGACUCAAUGCAUUGUGCCAUAGUAUUGUAUUUUCUCCGCAUCGGUUUGUACGGCACCAGCAUGUGUAUCGGUAGUUUCGUCUUUCUUGUAGCCUGUGUCUACGUGUAUUACUACUGUACCAGACUAUUUAUGUUUGCCCGGAGGUAGCUCCGAGGACCGAGCACGAGCGAUCACCUCCAUGUGCGCUGUGAAUGUGUUGUUUCGUGAUCAUUCAAGCAAGG